AUGGCAUCUGUACAGAUCGUCUUCUGUCUGAUGUGUUUGUUCUUGGGUGCAACAGCUCAGACAAACUACCUGAAAUUAUCUUCCUCUGUUCAUCAAGAACCACGUUUCAUAUCAGUUAAAUCUGGCGGCAGUGUGACUUUGCAUUGCUACGAUGUAGAGAAUGCUGCUGCACGGUUUUACUGGUAUAAGCAAACUUUGGGAGAGAGACCAAGGCUAAUUUCUACCUUCUAUAAGUCUGAAAAGAUUUUUGUUCGAUUUCAUGAUGCAUUUGAAAAUAGUUCACGCUUUAGAUUGGAUAACGGGAAAGGAAACAAUCACUUGAUCAUCUCAGACUUAAGCAUUUCUGACUCAGCAACUUACUACUGUAUAAGGUCUUAUUUAUAUACACAAACAUUUUCAGAGACCAUUAUUGUCAAUGUCAAUGACUUAGAUUUGAACAUACAAGCUUUAGUCCAUCAGUCAGCAUCUGAGACCCUCCAGCCAGGAGGCUCUGUGACUCUGAACUGUACAGUACACAGUGGGCCUUGUGAUGGAGACCACCGUGUUUACUGGUUCAAAGAUGCUGAAGACUCUCAUCCAGGACUCAUUUACACCCGUGGAGGCAGGAAUGAUGAGUGUGAGAGGAAUCCCAACACACAAACACACACCUGUGUCUACAACUUGCCAAUAGAGAGCCUGAAUGAGUCCCAUGCUGGGCUCUACUACUGUGCUGUUGCCCUAUGUGGACGCUUACUUUUUGGAAAUGGGACCAAACUAGACUUUCAAGAUGAGCAGGGUUCUCCUGUCCUGGUGUAUUUCUUAAGCGCAGCAUUAACACUCACCACGAUCAUCAGUGUUUUAUCAACAUUUUUAGUGUUUAAAAUGAACAAAAACAACAGCUGCCAAUCCACAGCAAACAAUUCAACAAAUUUAGAGAGCACCCAAGAGGACAACCUUCAUUAUGCUGCUGUUAGAACAACUAUGACGAAAGGAGCAAGAAGACAGAGAAGCAACACCAAGGAUGAAUGUGUAUACUCCAGUAUAAAGCACACACACCAGACAUAGACUGUUUUAUGGUAUAAUGAUGAGUUUUAGUUUUUCAGCUGUAGUGAUUAUUGUGAUUUAUAUCUAAAUAUGUUUUUCAUCUUGUCUUUGGUCUGAAAUAAAAAUGUACAUGAACAAAUAUUAAAUGAUCAUAUAUGGUUUAAAAUAACUAUUUAUCAUCUUUAGAUUAAAAAUAACUUGUAAGGUAUACUAUGUAUGUGGCCAAUCUGUAGCCACACACGUAAACAGUGAUGUCCAUGUCAGCCACCAUAUACAAGAUCAACAGGGCAACAUGGCAGCUUCCACAAACUGGAAUCUGCUCCUAUUUUUUCCUGUUUAAGUCUACGUUUAUGACAAUGCAUCUGUUUGAGAGGUAAUUACAUGUUUA